AUGCCGAUCUACCUGAUCUCCAAGUACGUGCACGCUGUCCAAAUACAACGGACGACGUCCUGGAACCCCGCGGAACCCUUGAAGAAAGAAGACACGGGCUCGGACGCCAACAUUGACAUUGACAUCGAUACUAACAGCCGUGAUCACAGAUUUGCAGACCCCGUCUUCGCCUUUACGAUUGGUACCUCCGCGGCGCUGAUUCGGAUCCGUCGCGAGGAACGAGAGAAACAUCCUGAGCGGGCGGGGGAGAUUGGGUUUGAGGCUAUCGCAAAGACGGGGGCAGAUCGAGUCCGGAGAUGGUGGGCGGGUGAUUUUGAGGGUUUAUAA